AUGGUUUUAUCUGCGUGYAGCCAUUCRGGGCUAACGGAUAAAGGUUUAGAGUUAUUUGGUGCGAUGAAGAGAGAGUAUAACUUGGAACCUGGCCCUGAACACUGCUCUUGCGUAGUUGAUCUACUUGGAAGAGCUGGUCGACUAGAUGAAGCCAUUGAGUUUAUAGAAUCAAUGCGUGUUGAACCAGAUGGUGCUGUUUGGGACGCUGUAUUGGGUGCCUAUAAAAUCCAUAAGAAUGUGGAUAUGGCARAGUUAGYUUUUGCAAAGGUGAUUGARUGUGAACCCAUGAACAUUGGCUAUUAUGUAUUGAUGUCAAAUAUAUAUUCAGAYGCGAAGAAUCAGAAGGGAAUAUGGAGAAUCCGCCUAAUGAUGAGAAAGAGAGGAUUCAAGAAAGAGCCUGGGUAUAGUUAUGUGGAACACAAGGGAAGAGUUCACUUGUUUUUGGUUGGCGACAGAAGUCACGAGCAAACAGAAGAAGUCUAUAGAAUGCUGGAUGAGUUAGAGACUUCUGUGAUGGAGAUUGCAGGAAACACGGACAGUGAUAGAGGCGAAGAGGUUUUGAACAGUAGACGUGAGCAUAGCGAGAGGUUAGCAGUUGAAUUUGGGAUUCUCAACACUAGUCCAGGCGCAGGGAUUCUUGUGAUAAAGAGCCUGAUUGUAAAGAUUGUCAUGUGUUCAUCAAGAGGGUUAGCAAGAUUGUAG